GCAGACAGGACGGAUAUCGAUGGUGAGGGUGAUGCCGGAUCAUGGGGUACAGCAGCGUGGUACUUAUGUUACAGAGCGAGGAAAUAUAUAUGAGAGAGUAAGGAGUACAUAAAUUGGAUAAACACUUUUUUACGGCUACCACAAGCGCAGCUGUCGUCGACGUCGACGUCGACGAGCAGAUGGGUAUUGGAACGUUUGGCAAACGGGUGCCGGAUCAGAUCAGUGUUGGAAGCAGGGAUCAAGAGGGUGGGAGUAGUGCUGGCCCAGGUAAUAGUAUUGUUCAAGGUCACCCGCCUCUGACGCCGACCUUCACUUCUCCCCGCCUGGCCCCUAUUCCGCCCAAACCUUCCUCCAUUCGCUCAUUCAAUUCCUUCGCUUCCUCCAUAUUCCGUAAGCAACAACCCAGGGCUUCCUCUCUUCGUUCUACCACCUCUGAAGAUACCCUGCCCUCUCACCCUUUUUCUGCCAUGCAUCUUGCUCCCCUCCCCGUCGUCUCCAACCACGACGAAGAGGACGAAGAGGAUUGCCCAGUCUGUCUCGAGCCCCUCAGCUUCAGCUUCAGAUUACCAGGAGAAAAGCCUCAUAUCGUCCCAGAGUGUGGCCAUGCUCUUCAUGAGGCUUGUUUUACUGCUGUAUAUGGCCCACCGCCAAGCCAGGCGCGCUCAACAGUACCGAGAAAGUCAAAUUUGGGCGUCUGCGGUGUCUGCAGGCGGCCAAUGAAGGUCGGCGACGGCGACGGGGGGAAAUCGAACAAGCUGGCAGCUCUUACGGGCAUGGGCGACCCUAACCAACAAGCUCUAUAUCCUGGCAGGGACACCCCAGUUACCCGCAAGCGACUGCAGUCUACAACUCAGUACGAUCCUUCAGAAGACGACCCGCUCGACCAUACGGGCUCCAUACGCUCAAACCCUGCCUCUGAGCAUUCUCAAUACAUUGUCGCUCCUUCUAUUCAAGUUCGCCCAGAGUUCUCUUCCCUCACUCGGACCCAGGACGUCACCCAACCGCUGACAUGCAUUGUUGUCAUCGAGCUCCCUGGCAAGCGCGCUUCUGGUGCCGUUCCGGGCCCCGUUAUGCCAGACAGCUACACAUCUCGCUCCAACGGUCAUUCCCGACAAGAGACCUUCCAACUCGGCCGCUUGCAACAGCAGUCCGAAUCGUUCCAGACCAAUCGUGCUUCUCCCGUACCCCAUGACCCACCGAGGAAUUCAGACACCGGCUCAUACCCUAAUAUCAUCAUGCAUGAAGAGGAUUCCCCGUUCGUCGCCAUUACCGAGGACCUUCGGAAUCGUAUCAUAGAUUGGAAGGGUCAUCCUCUCUCUGACCUCGGUCCUCUCCAGAUGUAUGAUUUGCUCUCCGUCCGCCGAGAUUCUCUGGUCCGGGAAUUUUACGUCUACCUCUUCAAGGAAGCUCUCAUUUGCGUAGUCGAAGAGAAAAAGCGAACCCUCGGACGUCUCUUAUCAAGCGCUUCUGGACUUGCCGACUCCGGUUCGACUAUCGGUUCGCUGGCCCAAACCCAAACAAAGGGCGUCCUACGACUCAAAGGGCGUAUCUACGUUCGUCAUAUUAAACAUGUCACGGCAACGUCGGCUGCCGGCGAAAUGUCACUCACUAUUGACAUGGAAGACGAGUUGGCAUCCUUCAUUCUCAUUUACAAAGACCGGUCAUCACUCGAAGCAUGGAAGAAUACUAUCCAAUCUCUUGUCAACAUGUUCCAAGCACAAAAUCCACAGCUGAUGCAGCAGCGACAAGAACAGCAACGAACAGAGCAGGCGCGUGCUUUGGACAUGGAAGAAUUUGGUGGCAACUCUAAGGCCAUGCGUAUGCUCAGCGGAAGUACUCAAACGACUGUCAGUACCGUUGACAGCCUUCUCAAUGGAUCAUCACGCUCAACGAUGUCAUCAUCUACGUCACAUGGAUCAUUGCACCAACAACAACGUUCACAGAUGCAUACCAACAAGCUGAGUCCACUGGGAGAAGAUGACGAACUUAGCAACUAUGACUCGCCUACGGGUCUGGUCACACCUUACACAUCUUCUGGCCCGUCAAACUCACUCACUCCUCUUCCCCAUCCCUCCACUGAUCUCAUCCUCGUCGUGUCUCUUCCACCGCCUAAUGCUGCGCCAAGCACCGCCCAACUCAAAAUUCGCGUAAUCAAAACAACCCUCGAUUUUGUUCUUGCUUCGCUAGGACAGAAAGAUCGGUUAAGUCUUGUUACAUUUGAAGUCGGCCUUGGAGGGAAGGUGAGGAAGUCGCCUUUCUUGAGUGUAGCCAAGGCCCAGAGCAGAGCGAGGUUGGAGAAGUUUAUCGAUGAGAUUGGAGUCAACCGGGGGGACGAUGAAAUGCCUCCUCCGGGUCAAGAUGAAUUUUUGGUGAGGGGAAACAAAGACGAGAAGACAGAUGUCGUCACAGCUGUUAAUCACGGCUUGGACGUGGUACUGCAGCGAAAGGCGCGUAACCCUGUUUCUGGGAUGAUCCUCGUGAGCGAUGCUUCGGACAGCACGCGACGUGCGCAAAUGGAUCUCGUUCUUGCCCGAGCCGAAGCGGCGAAUGUACCAAUACACUCAUUUGGUUAUGGCCGGUCGCAUGACCCCGCAUCUCUGUGGCUGAUGUCAAAUCACACGAGCGGUACUUACACAUUCGUAAAAGACUGGUAUGAUCUGCGCGAUUGUAUCGCUGGUUGUGUGGGAGGGAUGAUGUCCAUCGGGUUGCUGAAUAUGAAACUCCAUAUGAAGAUCGUUGAUGGGCACCGGUUCCGUAUCCGCAAAGUCAGUGGCGGCCCGUCGUCGAUUCUUUCCUCCGACGGACAGAAUGUAGAUGUUGACGUGGGAGAACUACGAUAUGGCGAACGGAAAGAGAUGCUUAUUGAGUUGGAGCUCGAUAAUUCAGAUAUGCAUCAAAAAAUGGCUGCUCGUGCGGUGAGGGGCUCCGGCAUGAACGAUCGGCGAGCAUUGGAUGCGACGCAGGAGUUUGUUCAGAGCAUGGGUUUGGAUUCGCUUACCAUCGAUGACCCAACAGAUUUUGCGGAUGGGAUGAUGGACCGGAUGAUUGACGAAGUGCCUGUUGUCGAGGUUGACGGAUCGUUCUUUGAUCCUACGGCGGCGAAAAACGUCACACGGCUGGCCCACCCAGUGUUGCUCACAGUAACUCUACUCCCGCCAACAUCUACGAUACCGCGUCCACCAUCGACUGUGAGUGAUCCUGUGAUUGUACGCCGGAGGAUGGAAUUGCUGGCGAGCGAUAUGAUUACGCGGGCUCUGGUGUUGGUGUCGAGGAGGAACUUCCCGCAGGCGCAAAAGAUCCUGAGCGAGACGAAGAGGAUUCUGCAUACGGUGUUGCAGACAAUAUCGAGGGCGCUGCCGCCGCCAAAUACCCAUGGCAACACCGUACGCAACAGGAAGGAGAUUCUUACACUUGCAGCAGUGAGGACGAUGCAGGCGAUUCUGCAGGACUUGCAGAUUCUGACAGAGGCAUUGGACGAGAAUGUGGAUCUGUUUGCACGAGAUCAGAGAAAUUUCGGUGCCCAGCAGGCUAUGAUCUUGAGAGACCAGAAGAGCUGGAGUGGCCGCAGUGCAACAGAGCGACUUUUCUGGACUAUAGACAAUUCUAUCGAACUUGUGUCCAGGAGCACUGAUUGGGUCGCUCGGGAGUAG